CUCCCCUGUCCAUUCAGCCGCUGGGCACUGGGACUGUGGUCCAGACCUCACCCUCAAGCCUGUCAUUAUAAUCACUUAGCAGUCACAAAGACCUCCAGCCCUUCACAGGCUCUGUGCACAGUUCCAGUGAGACUUAAUAUUUCACACCACUCUGAGAUGGAGCUUCUAGGUGGCCGAGUGCCCUUCACCCAGUUUCAGGAGGAGAAGUACCAGAUGCUGGAACUGAACCAGCGACUCGAAUCGUACUUAGGCCAUGUGAAGCUUCUGGAGGAGGAAAACAAGCUACUGCGAGAGGAGGUCCACACUCUCAAGAGCAGCAAGGAACCACCAGGUCAGCGCAAAGCUCAAGAGGAGGCUCUCAGCCAGGCCAGGAGGAUGUUGGAGGAGGCCUGGAGGAAGAAAGAUUGUGUGGUAAUGGAAGUGGAAAACUUGAUGGAGGAUAUAGAGGUGGUGAGUAUUCAAAGACAGAAGGCAAAGAAUGCAAAGGCUGAAGCGCAGAGAAAACUCAUGGAGAGCAGGAAGGAGCUGGAAGAAGAACGUAGAGCUCAGAUAUGGCUGAGAGAAAAGUCUGGCCAACUUGAGAAAGACCUCUUGCUACAGAUGCAAGUCCACCAGGAAAACAUGGAAACCUUGCAUGAUUCUCUGAAACAGACAAAGCAAGUCUUGAUGACUCCACAACCCACGCAAACUACCAGCAUCCCAGACCUGGGACAAGAGUACAGCUACAGAGCAGCUCAAGCCUGGCAGGAGGCAACCAACAACUAUCAGAGACUGGUUGGACGCCUGGAAGAAAGUCUAAACCAAGCCAAAGCUAACAUGGCAAAGAUUCAUCAGGAGAAGAGAGAAAACCAGCAUCAAGUUCAGCAUUUGGCAAAGGAGCUUGAGAGCACUAAGACUAAGAGACAGAUGUUGGAGAAAAAUGUAGUGCAGCAGAGAGAAGAACAUACACAGGAGCUUCAGUAUCUUCAGGCCCAAGUAGAUGCUCUGGAGCUGGAGAAAGACAGCCUGGGGCAGCAGAUAGACAGCCUGAUGGUGGACAGACAAAAUCUGCUGCAGGUCAAGAUGUCUCUUGGAAUGGAGGUGGUCACAUACAGAGCUUUGCUGGACAGCGAGGGCCAGAGAAUUGACAGACCAACAACAAAAAUGACCAGUUCUGCUUUCUUUUUAGAUGUGUUCUCAAAGCCCACUGGGACCCAGCCAGCCUCACAGACUACUGCUGCUUCCUGCCAUGUCAGCAAUACUGUGUCUACAAGGCACAGAUCAAUCACCUCCUCUCACACUCUGCUGACCAGAGCAACUCCAUCAUGGACCCCGACACGAGGGACUCCACAGAGAACACCGACCAGUACCUCAGUGACAGAAAAGACAAAGGUUCAUAUCUCAGAGCAGACUGAGAAAGCUGCUGAGGAGUCUGUGGAUCAUGUACAGCAAGAGAAAGUCCAUGAAGACAUGGUCCUCAAAACAACACUCCCCGCUGCAGAACCAGAACCACAGCUCAAACCAGAAGAUUCUGAGAUUAAGGAGGAUGAAACAAUACAGUUCAUGAAAGCUCAGAUGGUUGAAUGUAAAACUGAUGCAUCUGCAUUGAUAAGUGUGUCAGCUGACCAACCAAGUAACUUGUCCCAAACUUCAGAGACAGAAAUCUGGGCUGGUCCAUUCACAGAUCCUGCAGGGGAUUCAGAAGAAAAGAAGCAUGAGGACACUGAAGUGUCUUUUGUAAUGGCCCAGAUCACAUGUGCACCUAAGGUUGCUUGUGAAGAAAAUAAAACCAUAGCAGACUAUGAAAAAGAUGAUGCCUGUAAAAUGGAUGUAAGAUCAGAGAACAUCAGUGAAAGUCACACAUUUGCAUAUGGAGAUGCAGAGAACAAUGAUGAUGAUGCAUUAAAAUCUAGCCAUAUCAGUGCAAACACCAGUAUAAUGGGUUCAUCGUUCCUCGAGCAAGGAACUUUAGAUAUGGCUGGUGAUUUUGGCUAUCAUGAAGAUUUAAUGACGGUAGAUAAACAGGACAAUGUGAGCAAUAUUAGUGAAGAGGGAAGAGAGCAAAUGAACAGUGGAACUGAUGCAGUGAUCGAUUCAAUGAAGGAGAUGGAUAGACAGGAAGAAAUUGAACCAGAGAAUGAAAUGAAAGUGGUGAGCCCUGACUCUGAGGAGGAAGAACAGGAUGAAAUGAACAUUGAUGCUGACACAAAGUUUACAAAAGAAGAUGAAUAUUUGACUGAAAUAGAAGAAGAAGAGAUUGAAGUGAUUAAAAGUGACUUUUCUGUGCUGGAUGAAGGUGUAGAUUCUUCCAUGAACAGUGAUCAUCAGGAGAGUUUAGAAAAGACUGUACUGCCAACUGAACCCCAUUCAGAUCAGACAGUAAAUGAAGAAGAUCCUUCGAAACCAGAAGAUACUGAGAUUAAGGAGGAUGAACCGAUACUAUUCACAAAAGCUCAGAUGGUUGAAUGUAAAACUGAUGCAUCUGCAUUCAUAAGUGCGUCAGCUGACCAACCAAGUAACUUGUCCCAAACUUCAGAGACAGAAAUCUGGGCUGGUCCAUUCACAGAUCCUGCAGGGGAUUCAGAAGAAAAGAAGGAUGAGGACACUGAAGUGUCUUUUGUAAUGGCCCAGAUCUCACGUGCACCUAAGGUUGCUUGUGAAGAAAAUAAAACCAUAGCAAAGGACGAAAAUAUUGACAACUCUGAGAUAGAUGUAAGAUCAGAGAACAUCAGUGAAAGUCACACAUUUGCAUAUGGAGAUGCAGAGAACAAUGAUGAUGAUGCAUUAAAAUCUAGCCAUAUCAGUGCAAACACCAGUAUAAUGGGUUCAUCGUUCCUCGAGAAAGGAACUUUAGAUAUGGCUGGUGAUUUUGGCUAUCAUGAAGAUUUAAUGACAGUAGAUAAACAGGACAAUGUGAGCAAUAUUAGUGAAGAGGGAAAAGAGCAAAUGAACAGUGGAACUGAUGCAGCGAUCGAUUCAGUGAAGGAGAUGGAUAGACAGGAAGAAAUUGAACCAGAGAAUGAAAUGAAAGUGGCGAGCCCUGACUCUGAGGAGGAAGAAGAGGAUGAAAUGAACAUUGAUGCUGACACAAAGGUUACAAAAGAAGAUACAAAUGUGACUGAAAUAGAAGAAGAAGAGAUAGAAGUGAUUAAAAGUGACUUUUCUGUGCCGGAUGAAGUUGUAGAUUCUUCCAUGAACAGUGAUCAUCAGGAGAGUUUAGAAAAGACUGUACUGCCAACUGAACCCCAUUCAGAUCAGACAGUAAAUGAAGAAGAUCCUUCGAAACCAGAAGAUCCUGAGAUUAAGGAGAAUGAACCAAUACAGUUCAUGAAAGCUCAGAUGGUUGAAUGUAAAACUGAUGCACCUGCAUUGAUAAGUGCGUCAGCUGACAAACCAAAUAACUUGUCCCAAACUUCAGAGACAGAAAUCUGGGCUGGUCCAUUCACAGAUCCUGCAGGGGAUUCAGAAGAAGGGAAGCAUGAGGACACUGAAGUGUCUUUUGUAAUGGCCCAGUUCUCACAUUCACCUGAGGUUGCUUGCGAAGAAAAUAUAACCAUAGCAAAGGACGAAAAUGAUGACACCUUUGAGAUAGAUGUAAGAUCAGAGAACAUCAGUGAAAGUCACACAUUUGCAUAUGGAGAUGCAGAGAACAAUGAUGAUGAUGCAUUAAAAUCUAGCCAUAUCAGUGCAAACACCAGUAUAAUGGGUUCAUCGUUCCUCGAGCAAGGAACUUUAGAUAUGGCUGGUGAUUUUGGCUAUCAUGAAGAUUUAAUGACGGUAGAUACACAGGACAAUGUGAGCAAUAUUAGUGAAGAGGGAAAAGAGCAAAUGAACAGUGGAACUGAGGCAGUGAUCGAUUCAAUGAAGGAGAUGGAUAGACAGGAAGAAAUUGAACCAGAGAAUGAAAUGAAAGUGGUGAGCCCUGACUCUGAGGAGGAAGAAGAGGAUGAAAUGAACAUUGAUGCUGACACAAAGGUUACAAAAGAAGAUGAAUAUUUGACUGAAAUAGAAGAGGAGAUAGAAGUGAUUAAAAGUGACUUUUCUGUGCCGGAUGUAGGUGUAGAUUCUCCCAAGAACAGUGAUCAUCAGGAGAGUUUAGAAAAGACUGUACUGCCAACUGAACCCCAUUCAGAUCAGACAGUAAAUGAAGAAGAUCCUUCGAAACCAGAAGAUCCUGAGAUUAAGGAGAAUGAACCAAUACAGUUCAUGAAAGCUCAGAUGGUUGAAUGUAAAACUGAUGCAUCUGCAUUGAUAAGUGCGUCAGCUGACAAACCAAGUAACUUGUCCCAAACUUCAGAGACAGAAAUCUGGGCUGGUCCAUUCACAGAUCCUGCAGGGGAUUCAGAAGAAGGGAAGCAUGAGGACACUGAAGUGUCUUUUGUAAUGGCCCAGAUCUCACGUGCACAUAAAGUUGCUUGUGAAGAAAAUAAAACCAUAGCAAAGGACGAAAAUGAUGACACCUUUGAGAUAGAUGUAAGAUCAGAGAACAUCAGUGAAAGCCACACAUUUGCAUAUGGAGAUGCAGAGAAUGAUGAUGAUGCAUUAAAAUCUAACCAUAUCAGUGCAAACACCAGUAUAAUGGGUUCAUCGUUCCUCGAGCAAGGAACUUUAGAUAUGGCUGGUGAUUUUGGCUAUCAUGAAGAUUUAAUGAAGGUAGAUAAACAGGACAAUGUGAGCAAUAUUAGUGAAGAGGGAAAAGAGCAAAUGAACAGUGGAACUGAUGCAGCGAUUGAUUCAGUGAAGGAGAUGGAUAGACAGGAAGAAAUUAAUGCUGACAAAAAUAAGAAAAAAGAACAUGAAAAUGUGACUGAAAUAGAAGAAGAAGAGAUAGAACUGAUUAAAAGUGACUUUUCUGUGCCGGAUGAAGGUGUAGAUUCUCCCAAGAACAGUGAUCAUCAGGAGAGUUUAGAAAAGACUGUACUGCCAACUGAACCCCAUUCAGAUCAGACAGUAAAUGAAGAAGAUCCUUCGAAACCAGAAGAUACUGAGAUUAAGGAGAAUGAACCGAUACUAUUCACAAAAGCUCAGAUGGUUGAAUGUAAAACUGAUGCAUCUGCAUUGAUAAGUGUGUCAGCUGACAAACCAAGUAACUUGUCCCAAACUUCAGAGACAGAAAUCUGGGCUGGUCCAUUCACAGAUCCUGCAGGGGAUUCAGAAGAAAAGAAGGAUGAGGACACUGAAGUGUCUUUUGUAAUGGCCCAGAUCUCACGUGCACCUAAGGUUGCUUGUGAAGAAAAUAAAACCAUAGCAAAGGACAAAAAUAUUGACAACUCUGAGAUAGAUGUAAGAUCAGAGAACAUCAGUGAAAGUCACACAUUUGCAUAUGGAGAUGCAGAGAACCAUGAUGAUGAUGAUGCAUUAAAAUCUAGCCAUAUCAGUACACACACCAGUAUAAUGGGUUCAUCGUUCCUCGAGCAAGGAACUUUAGAUAUGGCUGGUGAUUUUGCCUAUCAUGAAGAUUUAAUGACGGUAGAUACACAGGACAAUGUGAGCAAUAUUAGUGAAGAGGGAAAAGAGCAAAUGAACAGUGGAACUGAGGCAGUGAUCGAUUCAAUGAAGGAGAUGGAUAGACAGGAAGAAAUUGAACCAGAGAAUGAAAUGAAAGUGGUGAGCCCUGACUCUGUGGAGGAAGAAGAGGAUGAAAUGAACAUUGAUGCUGACACAAAGGUUACAAAAGAAGAUACAAAUGUGACUGAAAUAGAAGAAGAAGAGAUAGAAGUGAUUAAAAGUGACUUUUCUGUGCCGGAUGAAGUUGUAGAUUCUUCCAUGAACAGUGAUCAUCAGGAGAGUUUAGAAAAGACUGUACUGCCAACUGAACCCCAUUCAGAUCAGACAGUAAAUGAAGAAGAUCCUUCGAAACCAGAAGAUCCUGAGAUUAAGGAGAAUGAACCAAUACAGUUCAUGAAAGCUCAGAUGGUUGAAUGUAAAACUGAUGCAUCUACAUUCAUAAGUGCGUCAGCUGACCAACCAAGUAACUUGUCCCAAACUUCAGAGACAGAAAUCUGGGCUGGUCCAUUCACAGAUCCUGCAGGGGAUUCAGAAGAAGGGAAGCAUGAGGACACUGAAGUGUCUUUUGAAAUGGCCCAGAUCUCACGUGCACCUAAGGUUGCUUGUGAAGAAAAUAUAACCAUAGCAAAGGACGAAAAUGAUGACACCUUUGAGAUAGAUGUAAGAUCAGAGAACAUCAGUGAAAGUCACACAUUUGCAUAUGGAGAUGCAGAGAACAAUGAUGAUGAUGCAUUAAAAUCUAGCCAUAUCAGUGCAAACACCAGUAUAAUGGGUUCAUCGUUCCUCGAGCAAGGAACUUUAGAUAUGGCUGGUGAUUUUGGCUAUCAUGAAGAUUUAAUGACGGUAGAUAAACAGGACAAUGUGAGCAAUAUUAGUGAAGAGGGAAAAGAGCAAAUGAACAGUGGAACUGAUGCAGCGAUUGAUUCAGUGAAGGAGAUGGAUAGACAGGAAGAAAUUGAACCAGAGAAUGAAAUGAAAGUGGUGAGCCCUGACUCUGAGGAGGAAGAAGAGGAUGAAAUGAACAUUGAUGCUGACACAAAGGUUACAAAAGAAGAUACAAAUGUGACUGAAAUAGAAGAAGAAGAGAUUGAAGUGAUUAAGAUUAAAAGUGACUUUUCUGUGCUGGAUGAAGGUGUAGAUUCUUCCAUGAACAGUGAUCAUCAGGAGAGUUUAGAAAAGACUGUACUGCCAACUGAACCCCAUUCAGAUCAGACAGUAAAUGAAGAAGAGUCUUUCCCUGAAGAAGCUGUGGGAGAAGAAGAGAACCAAGGUGAAGAUGAUGACUCCCCAAACAUAGCCUUUUGUAGAAACGAUCCUGGUGAAUGUGACAGCUACAGUCCGGAGAACACGCUAGCAGACACUCGGCCCUUGAUUCAUCAUAAGAGUGAUGAGGAAACAAAAGGGAAUGUGCAAGCCUCACACCUCAUUGGUGAGACUAGUGAUAGUGAGGGUGAGAAAGAAAGAAUGGAAGGAGCUAACUUGAAAGAGGGGGCAUCCAAACACUUCAAUACCAUGGAGGAUCUCACAGAAGAACCAGACAUGGAGGUCACUGGAGAGAUGGUGACAGAAGAUAAUGUUUCUAAAGAAGAAGUGCAAGACAGUGAUAUGACAUGCAUAAAGCCUCAAAGUGACUCUGAAGUCCACGAAAGAAUUGAGCUCAAGGGAAACCUGGAAGAACAUAGUGAUUUUAUUACAGAGAUGAGGAAAGCUGAAGAUCAUGAUGUCAAAGCUUAUGAGCAACCACAACUGACUGAAAACCAGCAUAUGCACACUGAACAGCCUGAGGAUGAAACAGUCCAUUCAUAUGAAAGUCAAGAACAUCCAAUCUCAUUCCCUGAAACAUCUCAUCAACUUAAAAACCUCUUUGAAACUCCAUCAACUCUGACCAUGUUCCAAGAUGCAGCUGCAACCAAAAAUUCAGAAGAUCUUAUGGAAGCUUCCAUGCACACCAACGUGGAUCUCAAGCUGAGUCGCUCUUUGGAGAGUAAAAUAAGUAGUCAACCUGACAGUAUGACAUCAGACAUUCCCAACUCAGACCAGGAAGAGGGCAAUAGCUCAGAAGAUGAGUCUCCAAAUGCCAGCCAGUGUUUCCAGAGCACAAGCCUUUUAACAGUGGCUACUCUUAAAAAGCUGCCAUUCACCUUCACUAAUGGAGUCUCCAAGGCUGACUCUGUGUCUGACGUCAAUUAUUUGCCCGAAGAAGCACUUAGUAAGGAGAAGAACACUGAAGAACCUAAAACCCCUCAGACUGAUGACUGGGAGAAUUCUGACAUCUGGAGCAAAAGCAUGAAUGCUCCAGAUGCGACUGAGAUCAUGCAUGCAUCAAGUAUGGAUGAAAAUACAGGCGUUUUCCAAGUAAAUGAGACUGAGAGUUUAGAAAUCUCAAAUAAAACGGCAGAAAACAUCUUUGGAAAAUUUGAAGAACAAUUUGAAAGGACAUUGGAGAGCUUUUCAGAAAAAGUGCUGAGUGUGAUGGACUGUGAGAGCACCAGUUCGGGAGAGAAUGAGGAAUUUCAGUCAAAGGAAAAGAAAAGUGAGAUUCAUAGCUUUUUCAGCACUAGUAUGAAGGAGGAUUUUUGGAGUCAGGGGAAAUUGGAGAUGGUAGCUACCUAUGACCCUGCCAAGACUGAAGACUUAGACCAGGCCAUGGUCUUUGGAGAGGAGUGGAGAGAUAUGGAGAGAAUGCCAACAGAAAAUCUAAGUCCUAAAGAAAAGAUGGCCAUUCUUGAAGGACAGGAGGAGAAGCACAAAGAUAAAAAGCCAGCACAAGGCAAGAUGGUCCUAUCUGAUGACUCUGUUGAUGAGGGAGAUUCCUGGUCCUCUGGUGAUGAGUAACAGCUUUGUCUGUCUGUCUCAUUUUAGAACAAAAAAAAAAUGUAGUUCUCAUAGAUGGACAGAUUUAUUACUGAGACGAAAUGAAAAUUCAUGGUGGAAUACAGCAACAUCAAACACAAAGUACACAAAAAAACACCUUUAUACAUUCACAGAAAUUAAACCAGACAAGAUUGCUCAGCGCAGUGUGUGUAAUUGUAGAAUGUGAUCUCUGUAAUGGGAGUUAACAGCUGUCGUCUCGGGAUAGGAAGGCGUUGUACUCCGUGAAAGCCACGGGCUAGAAGGAUUCUUAAAGAUUUACUAUAAAGCUUUUCUUCAUGAUUGUUGUUUCUGUGCCAAUUAGACCUGCAGUCAGUGUUAAAAAUAUAAUACUUUUGUGUAUUUUCACUGAUCUAUGUUAUUAUGGAAAAACCACAACAUUUUGGAUUAAAACUUCAAAAUUAUACAAUUCUGAAAAGAUUAAUAAACAGUAAAAUAGCAAA